CCGACCGGCAUUCUUCGGUCAACAUCAAUUACAUAAGUCCUGGACUUGUUCUUCGCAGAAUGAAACCAGUUGGCCUGUCCGAGAUUGGAUUUUAGUCACUGAACAAGAUCAAAAAUUUUCCUUACCAUAGUUACUCAAAAUGACUAAAUCUAGUGACGAGAACUUCAUCAAAGGGGAGGUCGCUCACGAUGAGAUAGUCCAAUCCGAGCUUAUCGGAAGCCCUGGUCUUCACAACAAGCACAAAUCACCUCUAGAAAAGCGUCUUCUGCUGAAGGCCGACAGCGUGAUAUUGCCUUUAGCGGCAUUGGCUUUCUUUGCAUCCUACUUGGAUCGUAACUGCAUAGGAAAUGCCAGAGUUAUGGGCCUCCAGGUAGACUUGGACAUGGAUGAUAGCCAGUUUUAUAACUGUCUUACUAUGUACUUUAUUGGGUAUAUAUUGUUCGUCGGGUUCGCGAACGUGACAUCUCGUAAAUUCAAGCCUAACCGUGCAAUUGGCUGUGCUCUCGUCUUCUUAGGCAUCUGUCUGUGCGGUAUGGGAUCGGCUCAAAAUUAUGCGACGAUACUCGCCCUCCGCAUCAUGCUCGGGUUUGGCUGUAGUUUCGUUCCGAUCAUUACUGUCUAUGCAAGCUUGUGGUACAAACGUGAUGAGCUGGCCUCUAGAACUGCAUUCGGAGGUCUGAUUGCUUAUGGAAUACAGCAUGACUUAACAUACACGGUCACCGGGCGCCAUCCAUGGGCAUGGCUUUUCCUCAUUGAAGGAUUGUUGGCUGUCUUCGCUGGACUCCUAGUCUUGGUCCUGCUUCCCCGAUUUCCUGACGAUCUUCGUGCGCGCAACCGAAAGCAUUGGCUUUUCACUAAGGAAGAAAUCGACUUAGCUGCAGAUCGUUAUAGCACAUAUAAUACCGCGGGGGAGAAAAUCCAGUUUGGUCAAAUCGUGGCUACAUUCAAAGACCCAAAGACUUAUCUCUUUGGCAUGUGUCAGGGAGCAAGCGUGCUUGGUGUUUCCGUGGUUGGGUCCUUCUUGCCAACAUUCAUCGUUAAUUUAGGCUUCAGCGCAUUACAUACCCAAUUGUUCAGCAUCAUUCCGUAUGCUUGUGCCUUCUUCUGCGUUAUCUUCGCAGGCAUCAUGUCCGACCGCUGGAACUCCAAAGGCCCGUUCCUCUUCUUCGGCUACGUCAUCGGAUGCAUAGGCUACAUCCUACUUCUCUCCACACCUAACGCGAUCGUAGGAAUCAUUGCUGUAUGUCUCAUAACCUCUGGCUGCUAUACCUCCAUCAUACUACUCCCCAUCUGGCUUGCCAUCAACACUGGUGGAUUCACCAAGCGCGGAUCCGCCUGGGCCUUCGCAGAGCUCGUCGGUCUUUGCUUCUCAAUUAUGGGCACCCGGAUUUAUACCGAACCACCACGAUUUACUAAGGGACAUUCAGUUGUUCUUUCCCUGAAUGCUCUUGCCGGGCUGUGUGCUGUGGCGUCUUACUACUGGAUGAGAUAUCUGAAUAAGAAAAAGGAUGGUAUUCAGGCUGACUAUGAAGCGCGCGGUGUGUUACAUCCGCAUAUUGCGUCUCACGCUACUUUGGAGGAGGUCUGCGACAAUCACAUCACUUUCAGGUACGUUCUGUAGGUUUGAUGUUAUUUUUAUUACAUGAUUUGGUACUGCAGUAACUACAAAAGCAAUUGAAGUACAG